CCUUUCAAAAAUAGCAUGUUCCAGGGUAACUCAUAUUCUGGCACCGGAUCACGCCAGAGAAAUAAAAACUGGUGCGCAUACGUUGUGCACAAGAACGUGAGCUGUGCCGUCGUGGGAGGCACGGAGAGUUUCGUGCAGCCAGAGUUUUUCCCGUGUCCACCGGAGCUGCCAAACUGUGCGCAACAAGUGAUAUAUCGGACACAGUUUAGGCCUAUGUAUAAGAUUGCAUACAAGACUGUGACGGAGCUGGAGUGGAGGUGCUGCCCGGGCUACCAGGGUCACGACUGCCUGGAGGUGAAAGACAUUAAGCUGCUCCAAGUAGAGCGUUUACCUCAUGCUCCCUCUGCCUCUGGACAUAUUCCAGCUCCACAAGCUCCAGAACAGCGGACAGAGAACCUGAGGAACCAUCCCUGGGGAGGGGAGGGCCAGUUCGGAGGUCAAACGGGUCAAAGGCCACAGUGGGGUCAUGGAGGAUCUCAAAGUGAACAACACCUGGAGGAGGAGGUGCAGCGGCUAUCCCAGAUGGUCCUCGACAUGCAGGCAAGAAUGACGGACAUGUCCUCCAAUCUGAGACUGGCUUUCCAAGAGGACGCCAGUAAAAUGCUGGUUACGCUUCUGAAUGACGUCAGACAGCCUGCCAGUGCAAGAGGCGCAUCGAGCCACACCAUUCAGGUGCAGGACUUCUCUUUCGGGAGCGAGACAACGCAGAUGGACGAGGUCAUGAACAAGAUCAGCCAGGUCACAGACGAUCUGGAGUCAAAGAGCAAUACCCUGGAUGACUUGCUGGGCCGUGUCAACCACCAUGACGGACAAAUUCAUCUGUUAAUGGAGGCUGCACAGAACCAGCUGUCCACAACCCCUCCUGCUCCCCCGACCGGUGGUGCAGACCUGCGCACCUAUAUGGACGAGAAGAUCCGCGCUCUGAGAGACGAGUUAAUGGAGGGCAUGGACAUCAAAAUGGCAGACAUGAAGAACUCGUGCGACUAUAAAAUUAUGUCAGUUCAGGAGCAGUGUGAGGGACAAGAAACCAACUACCUCAGCCUGGCCGAGCUCAUGGACUCAAAGGAAGCUGACCUCCGCAAGGAGAUCGAGGAUCUUAACAAUAAACUGGUUAAUCCAGGAAAGGAAGACACCGGUCUUGUGGAGAACCUUGAGAUCCAUCUGAACUCCUCUGAGAAGACUGUAGCAGCCCAGUGCCUCUCUGUGGAGGAGAAGCUGAAGAAAGAACGGGCAGAGGCCAUCAAAGACCUGAGGGAGACUCUGGAGGACAAGCUGGCGUCUAUGGAAGACAGACUCACUGCCAUGUUGGUAGAUACAAGCACAAACUCAUCUGGUGGUCUUUUGACUGUUCAACAAGACUUCCAGAGCUGCAGAACUGCUGUAGAUGCUAUGGAGACGAGUCUAAAAGUCCACAUAAAAGGCGUUGGAGCCAUGGAGGGGCAACUCCUCAACUACAGCAGCAGCAUUGAGAAUGUUCACGGCGAGUUGGGCUAUCUGAAAGGGCGUGUGGGCAAGUUGGAGGACUCCCUAUCAGAUGUAGUCCACCAGCAGUCUCAGGCGUCUCUGAUCCUCAACUCCACUUGGGGUCAAGUUAAAACAGGGGCUGAGCAGGAGACCAAGGACCUUCUGGAGCACCACAGGACUCAGCAUCAGGAGCUGAGAAACCGGCUGGAAGAGCUGCGCAGGGAAGUGAAAGCCGAGGCCGACCACUGCAAGGGACAAACAGAAGAUGUCGGGAAGGAGAUCGCACACAUGGACAGCCGCGUUGUUAGCGUGGAGGGUUUAUGCAGCAAGCUGGAUCCCAUCUCCGGUAGCCUCCAGAGGAUCAAAGAGGGUCUGAAUAAACACGUCACUGGGUUGUGGACUUGUGUCAAACAGCUCAAUGCUACGGUUAGCGCUCAUGCCCGAGAUAUUGGAGGACUGGAGGACCAUGUCGCUAAUGUAGCCGGAGACCUCCAGCUGCUAACGAACAGCAAUCCUGGGAAAACAAGUGUUCCUGUGGAAGACGCAGGACAUCCCCAGGGUUCAGGUAAGAGUCUCACAGGGCCGGUCGCCCCCCCGGACGCCUCCCUCCCACAGCCCCCUGUGAUGGAGGCCGGAGAGGCGGGACCUCCCGGCAAGAUGACCUCGUCCAAGUUGCCCAAGGGGACAGACGGCAGCACGAUGCCUGUUCAGGGUUUCGCUGGAGCUCCAGCCACCCCUGUCAAAUCCACCGACACGUUAAAGCCCAGCACGCCACUCAUCUCAGAUGUGAACACGCCCCACAGGGUGUCACCACAGAAACCUGACGCCGCAUCAGGUGAGAAGGUGUCGUUCUCUGCUGGUCUGACUCUUCCACCGUUCCAGGGAGAGAUUGGAAUCAUCCGAUUCAACAAGGUGCUGGUCAAUGACGGAGAGCACUAUGACGCUCAUACAGGGAUCUUCACAGCUCCCACAGACGGCCGCUACCUGGUGACGGCUGUGCUCGCAGCCCAGCGAGGUGAGAAGGUCGAGGCCGUCCUGUCAGUGUCCAACCGCAGCGUGCAGAGGUUGGACUCGACGGGCUUCCUGUUGGGGGCACCAUCGCUGUCGCACGAUCAGUGCAACUGUAGCAGCUCAACGUCGCUGAGCCUGGUUCUGUCGCUGAGGAGAGGAGAUCGAGCGGGACUCGUCAUGACUGCAGGAAAACUCGCCCUCUCAGCCUCCUCUGAGAUCCUGUCAUCGUUCAGCGCUGUGCUUCUUUACCCCAGCAGCCCAGCACAACGGUAGCCCCGCCCUUUGCUGGACAUUACUGGGGACAUUAAGUCUAAUGGUGAUAUUAUAUUAUCAGAGGAGCGACC